UGACUCUAAUAUGGCCUAUGUUUAUUACAAAUUACAAGUGUUCGCUGGUUUCGUUGUAAAAUGUUUAAGAUAAAUUUAGAAAAUUAUUAAAAAUCGAUGAUAAAACGUGUAAAAAAAUACAUCAGAUUGGAAUAGUUUUAUAAAUUUUAUUUGUUCUUUUACGGCGCCGACGAUUUCUAGUGAACUAUUUUAAGUGUCUUGUACGCAAAUGUCAUUUUGAAUAAUUACAAUCCCAUUAAAAAAUAUUGUGCUUCACAACUAUGAGUCGGCAACCAGAAAGUCAUAUCAUGGAUAUUCCACCUCCUGUGUAUAGUAAUGUUGUAACCAACAACACUAAUACUCAGUCCAACAUAGUACAGAACUCAAAUGUUGAUAAUAUUCAGCCAAUACCUAUACAUCCAUCGACAUCACCGCCACAUUAUGACAUGCAGCCACCCAGAUUAGAUAUGUCAGCUCCGCCACCGUAUGAAGACUGCAAUCCAGAUUUUGUGAAAUUGCCUACUUACGAAGAAGUUCAAAUGGAAAAACGUUUGGAAGGAGAAAUGUCUCCAAGAUUACCAGGAAGAAUUAUGGGACCACCUACUAUUGGAGCAAAUUCACAAGAGAUACCAGCACAAACAUUGACCGUUUUAACAAUUGACACUGCUCCAAACCCUUGUGAAAUCGAUACCAAUUUACUCGGUACAGACUACAUGUUUCUGACAGCAUUUUUGGUGGCAUUGCUUUUCAACUGGGUUGGUUUCCUAGUACUGAUGUGCCUGUGUCAAACUGUCGCAGCUCGUUACGGAGCGUUGGCUGGAUUCGGUCUUUCAUUGGCCAAAUGGACAAUGAUAGUAAAACGUAACACUGAAAUGACGGAAACGUCGCCAGAGAACCGGACAAACACGUGGCUGUGGUGGUUAGUGAUGGCAUUCGGCUUUUUAAUUUGUAUUCGUGCCGUCAUUCAGUACAUGAAUAUCAAACGUGGUUGGCGAUUGCUCAGUGUACCAGCACAGGAGCGCGUGUUAUAUUUUUAUUGAAUAGCGAUCUGAAACACUACAGCUUAAUUGACACGUGUAAAAGUUUAUUGGACUAUUGAUCUUUGUUUUAGUUCUAUCUUGCUAAAUAAAAAUUAUUUUUAAUUAUUAUUACAUCGAGAGAAUUUUUAACAAUUUUAAAAUUGAGAGUGAUUCUGAACAAUUAUACCCUCCACAUAAUUUUAAUUAAUAUAGAUUUUUGAUAUGAACAUUAUAUUAAAAUAUUGGUUUAGAUUAACUUUGUUUAAACAAUAAGUAUUGCAAAAUAAACUAAAUAAUAUGUUUAUAAAAAAAAAAAAAAAAAUUAGUGCUAUAAAGAAAAUAGUUUUUAUAUCUUGACAUUUAAUUUAUUGUUUAUUUUUAAAUAUUUAUAAAUCUUUCAAUUUUACCAUCUUCAAUUUCUUUCCCCUUUUAAGACUACAUUAAUUUUUUUUAACUAAAAGUAUAGUACAACUUGUCAUCACAUUUCAUUCUAGUGUAAUUUAAAAAGAUAAAUAUUUUGAAAAGUUGUCCGAAUAUUGUUGUAAAUAUUUUAAAAAAUAGUUAAGAGAAACAAAUAUAUAUAUAUUUUUUUUAAACUAUCGAUAAGAGUGAUUUUAAACUUAAAUAACAAUUCCAUCAAAGUACUUACCUUAUUUUACGCGUAACAAAGAAAGAAAAUAGUACAACUGUCCGUGUAUAAACUGUAAUUAUAUUGUUAUCAUGCGGAUGAGUUUCAGAUAUAUCCUUGUCAAUAGUUUUAAGCCGAUGUAUUGACAUGGAUAUAACUGAAACUCAUCAGUAUGAUAUUAAAUCCAUAAAAGCUUCAACACAUUCAUAUAUUGUUAUUGAUUAAAAAAAGAAAAAACAUCUUAACUACACUUAAAACAUAAUUUACUCUCUACAAAUAAAUAAUUCAAAUACGAUUGAAAUAUAUUUUAACGAAUUUUUACACAAUUUCCGUUUAUAAUUUUUAAUUUUUUUUUUGCAUUCCUUCUAUUUCUUGUUUAUCAUAGUUUUUCUCAGACGAAUUGUAUUCAAUUAAUUUAUGACCUCAUUAUAUAUAAACAUAUAAUAUUGUUUGUAUUUAUUUACUAGAUUUAAAUGUUAUUGUCACAUUUAUAGUAUUUAUAUCUAUUUAUUUUUUGUUGUAUAAAACUUAUUAUUGGAAAACAGAUAAAGGCAAACUUUUAUAUUUACCGUAAUAUAUAUAUAUAUUUAUUUUUAAUACUAUUAUUUUGCCAUAUUUGCAUUUAAUUUAUAUAACACACAUUGUGUAAAUAGUGUUUAUUUAGUUAUAAGAAUAAUAAUAAUAACAAACUUUGAUCGGUAAAAUCGACAGUUUUUUAAUAGGUAUGUAUAACUGUUGUAAAAAAAAAAAUCAACCUGGCUUUAAAAUAAAAACUUAUAAAUUGAAAGUUUAGGCCUUUUUUUUUUUUUUACUAGUUUACUUUGGAGGGUAAAAUGUUUAUUAUAUUAAUUUACUAUCGGCCUGUUUUAGACAAUAGUGUGGUACGGUUUUGAAUUUUUAAAAGAAACUCAUAGAGAAUAUAUAUUUUAUAAGUUAAAAAUGUACUAAUUUGUUAAGUAUAGUAAAAUAUAUCUUUUAUAUUAUUCUCAUUUGUUAAGAUUUUUUUUUUAAAUUUGUUUUAGUAUCGGUAAAAGAAAAAGGAAAAUAACCUAUCUUUUUCUUGUUAUUACGUGAUUGUGUAAAUUUCAGAAUUGAUGAAAUACAAUAUCAUUAUUCAUUACGAUGUAUAUUUACCGAUUGCCUUUUUUAUUGUUUAUACUUAAUUUACAUCAUCAUUCGUUGAACAAUUUCUUAUUACUGUUACGUUCCAUUUCUUCUACAAAUUGUUUAAAAAUCUUGCUUGUAUUUGUGAAUCUUCUAUGUAAUAUUUAAAAUAUUAGUAUUAUAAAGUACCAUUUAUAAUUGAAUUGUGUUGUAAUAUUUUUUUUACAUACUUAUUAGAGUGGUCUAAUAAACAUUUUUUUUU